GGCUCCUUGGCUGCUAGUCCCGGAUCACACCUUGCCCGGUGCAAGGUGCAAGGCGCCGGCUUCCUCCGAGCCGGUUCUGCAUUACGUGAGACAGGCUCUCCCGGGCCGCCGUCACCAUGGUGAAGGAGCAGUUUCGGGAGACAGACGUGGCCAAGAAGAUAAGCCACAUCUGCUUCGGGAUGAAGUCACCCGAGGAGAUGCGACAACAGGCCCACAUCCAGGUGGUGAGCAAGAACCUGUACGGGCAGGACAACAACCAUGCUCCACUGGUCUACGGGGUGCUGGACCACAGGAUGGGCACCAGCGAGAAGGACCGGCCUUGUGAAACAUGUGGGAAGAACCUGGCAGACUGUCUGGGUCACUACGGCUACAUCGACCUAGAGCUGCCAUGUUUCCAUGUGGGCUACUUCCGAGCUGUCAUCGGUGUCCUGCAGAUGAUCUGCAAAACCUGCUGUCGUAUCCUGCUGUCAGCCGAGGAAAAGCAACAGUUCCUGGAGUACCUAAGGCGGCCCGGCCUCACUUAUCUGCAGAAGCGUGGCCUAAAGAAAAAAAUCUCUGACAAGUGCCGAAAGAAAACCAUCUGCCACCACUGCAGUGCCUUCAAUGGUACCGUGAAGAAAUGUGGGUUAUUGAAAAUCAUCCAUGAGAAGUACAAGACCAACAAGAAAGUGGUGGACCCCAUGGUUUCCAGUUUCCUUCAGUCAUUCGAGACAGCCAUUGAGCAUAACAAGGAAGUUGAGCCCCUGCUUGGAAGGGCACAGGAAAACCUGAACCCCUUAGUGGUCCUGAACCUGUUUCGACGAAUCCCAGCUGAAGACAUCCCGCUGUUACUCAUGAACCCUGAAGCUGGGAAGCCCUCGGACUUGAUCCUCACCCGCCUCUUGGUUCCACCACUGUGCAUCCGUCCAUCCGUGGUCAGUGACCUCAAAUCAGGCACCAACGAGGAUGACCUGACCAUGAAGUUGACAGAGAUCAUCUUUCUCAAUGACGUCAUUAAGAAGCACCGGAUCUCAGGGGCCAAGACACAGAUGAUUGUGGAGGACUGGGACUUCCUACAGUUGCAGUGCGCUCUCUAUAUCAACAGUGAGCUCUCAGGGAUCCCCCUCAACAUGGCACCCAAGAAGUGGACACGUGGUUUUGUUCAGCGCCUCAAGGGGAAGCAGGGUCGCUUCCGAGGUAAUCUGUCCGGGAAGCGGGUGGACUUCUCAGGUAGGACUGUUAUCUCCCCUGACCCCAAUCUCCGGAUCGAUGAGGUGGCGGUGCCAGUGCAUGUGGCCAAAAUCCUGACCUUUCCCGAGAAGGUGAACAGGGCUAACAUCCACUUCCUGAGGAAGUUGGUGCGCAACGGACCUGAAGUCCACCCUGGAGCCAAUUUCAUCCAGCAGAGACACACACAGAUGAAGAGGUUCCUCAAGUACGGAAACCGGGAGAAGAUGGCGCAGGAACUGAAGUUCGGCGAUGUUGUAGAGCGGCAUCUCAUCGAUGGGGACGUGGUGCUGUUCAAUCGGCAGCCGUCGCUGCACAAGCUCAGCAUCAUGGCGCAUCUGGCUCGGGUCAAGCCUCACCGAACCUUCCGCUUUAAUGAAUGUGUUUGCACCCCAUACAACGCUGACUUCGACGGGGACGAAAUGAAUCUGCAUCUUCCCCAGACAGAAGAAGCGAAGGCAGAGGCACUUGUCCUAAUGGGAACGAAAGCGAAUCUCGUGACCCCAAGGAAUGGAGAGCCCCUAAUCGCUGCUAUCCAGGACUUCCUAACAGGAGCUUAUCUCCUCACUCUCAAGGACACUUUCUUCGACCGAGCCAAAGCCUGUCAGAUUAUUGCUUCAGUACUGGUUGGCAAGGAUGAGAAAAUUAAAGUCCGUCUCCCACCACCGGCGAUAUUGAAGCCAGUGACCCUUUGGACAGGAAAGCAGAUCUUCAGCAUCAUCCUCAGACCCAGUGAAGACAGCCCAGUGCGCGCCAACCUUCGGACCAAGGGGAAGCAGUACUGUGGGAAAGGCGAGGACCUAUGCACCAAUGACUCCUAUGUCACCAUCCAGAACAGUGAGCUGAUGAGUGGCAGUAUGGACAAGGGCACACUGGGCUCGGGCUCCAAGAACAACAUCUUCUACAUCUUGCUGCGCGACUGGGGCCAGAACGAAGCGGCCGAUGCCAUGUCUCGGCUGGCCCGGCUGGCGCCUGUCUACCUCUCGAACCGCGGCUUCUCCAUUGGGAUUGGCGAUGUCACCCCUGGCCAGGGACUGCUGAAGGCCAAGAACGAGCUGCUGAACGCCGGCUACGAGAAGUGCGAUGGCUACAUUGAGGCCCUCAAUACUGGCAAACUGCAGCAGCAACCUGGCUGCACAGCUGAGGAGACAUUGGAGGCCCUGAUCCUGAAGGAGCUCUCUGUGAUCCGUGAUCACGCGGGCAGCGCCUGCCUCCGUGAGCUGGACAAGAGCAACAGUCCCCUCACCAUGGCUUUGUGUGGCUCCAAAGGCUCCUUCAUCAACAUCUCGCAGAUGAUUGCAUGCGUGGGCCAGCAGGCCAUCAGCGGCUCCCGUGUACCUGACGGCUUUGAGCACCGCUCCUUGCCCCACUUUGAGAAGCACUCAAAGCUCCCAGCUGCCAAAGGAUUUGUGGCCAAUAGCUUUUACUCUGGCCUGACCCCAACCGAGUUCUUCUUCCACACAAUGGCUGGCCGAGAAGGGCUGGUGGACACGGCUGUGAAGACGGCCGAAACUGGGUACAUGCAGCGAAGGCUCGUCAAGUCUCUGGAAGACCUUUGCUCGCAGUAUGAUCUGACCGUCCGCAGCUCCACGGGGGACAUUAUCCAGUUCAUUUACGGGGGUGAUGGCCUAGACCCAGCUGCCAUGGAAGGCAAAGACGAGCCACUGGAGUUCCGCAGGGUUCUGGACAACAUCAGAGCAGUGUUUCCAUGCAGGAAUGAGCCUGCACUCAGCAAGAACGAGCUGACACUGACCACUGAGUCCAUCAUGAGCAAGAGCGAGUUCCUGUGCUGCCAGGACAGCUUUCUGCAGGAGAUCAAGAGCUUCAUUAAGGGGGUUUCUGAGAAGAUCAAGAAGACCAGAGACAAGUAUGGCAUCAAUGAUAAUGGCACCACGGAGCCCCGCGUCCUCUACCAGCUGGACCGAAUCACCCCUACCCAAAUAGAGAAGUUUCUGGAGACUUGUAGAGACAAGUACAUGAGGGCCCAGAUGGAGCCUGGCUCAGCUGUGGGGGCCCUGUGUGCACAGAGCAUUGGUGAGCCAGGCACCCAGAUGACCCUGAAGACCUUCCACUUCGCUGGCGUGGCCUCCAUGAACAUCACUCUGGGGGUCCCCCGGAUCAAGGAGAUCAUCAACGCAUCUAAGGCCAUCAGCACACCCAUCAUCACAGCCCAGUUGGAUAAGGACGACGAUGCCGACUAUGCUCGCCUGGUGAAGGGCAGGAUCGAGAAAACCCUCCUCGGCGAGAUCUCCGAGUACAUUGAGGAGGUCUUUCUCCCUGACGACUGUUUCAUCCUUGUCAAGCUGUCCCUGGAGCGGAUCAGGCUGCUAAGAUUGGAGGUGAAUGCAGAGACAGUGCGUUAUUCCAUAUGCAUGUCCAAACUGCGUGUGAAGCCGGGUGACGUAGCCGUGCACGGGGAGGCUGUGGUGUGCAUCACCCCCCGGGAGAACAGCAAGAGCUCCAUGUACUACGUGCUGCAGUUCCUGAAGGAAGAUCUCCCCAAGGUGGUGGUGCAGGGCAUCCCUGAGGUGUCCCGGGCUGUCAUCCACAUCGACGAACAGAGUGGGAAGGAGAAGUACAAGCUCCUGGUGGAAGGGGACAACCUACGUGCCGUUAUGGCUACCCAUGGCAUCAAAGGCACACGGACCACGUCUAACAACACUUAUGAGGUGGAGAAAACUCUGGGCAUUGAGGCUGCCCGCACCACCAUCAUCAACGAGAUCCAGUACACGAUGGUUAACCACGGCAUGAGCAUUGACCGCCGCCAUGUCAUGCUGCUCUCAGACCUCAUGACCUACAAGGGUGAAGUUCUGGGCAUCACGCGUUUUGGGUUGGCCAAGAUGAAGGAGAGCGUGCUCAUGCUGGCGUCCUUCGAGAAGACGGCUGACCAUCUCUUUGACGCCGCCUACUUCGGCCAGAAGGACUCCGUGUGUGGAGUCUCUGAGUGCAUUAUCAUGGGAAUCCCCAUGAACAUUGGGACUGGACUCUUCAAGCUGCUCCACAAAGCCAACAGGGACCCCAAUCCUCCCCGGAGACCCCUGAUCUUCGACACCAACGAGUUCCACAUCCCCCUGGUCACGUAGUCUGGCCUCCACCAUGGCCUCUUCUCCAUCUGGAAAGGGGACCCAGAGUGGAGCAGCCACCGGGUCUCAUGUGCUGGAUAAACAAGCCUUAUCUGUUCUAGAAACCGGUCUGGACUGGGGGGGUACUGCCUAGCUGCCUUCUGUCCUUCAUCCUUCCCACUUGCUUUCAGUGGGACCACACAAUUCCCCAAGAGCCAGGCCCUAUCCUGGCUGACAUUCCCCAGCCAGGAUGCCCAGUGCUUUGUGCCAUGGUGUGGAUAUUGGUUGGUGAUUGACUGAUAUAUUUAUUGGCUCCCUCUGGAGGGGUCAGAGCGAGUGUUUCUAAAGUGUUUUGUUUUAGAAAACAAGACAGGCAGGGUCUGUCCAUACCUAUCUGCCCCUAAGCUGGCUAGGUUUAUGUCCAAUGUCUCCAGAUUGACCAGUGAGGCCAAAUGGCAGGAGGGGGUCUGCACAGGGUGGGAUAUCCCAUGAGCAGUCAAAGGGCCCUUGUGGCAGAAUAGGGCAGGGGCCUUAUUUAUGGCUCUUGGUUAUGGCCACCUCUGCUAGGGUUUUAAGAGGAGUGGGAGGACCCUGGUGGUUUGUCAUUGGCAAGCAGCAAGGGGCACACUCCCGGGAACAUUGGUCUCUUGCUGGGUUUUGGGGAUCCUUAGAGACACUGGAGGCCAGAUGCCCUCAGAUCAGGCCCUGUUGGUCCCUCCUCCCCAGCUCCCAAGUUUUUCUCUCUGUAUCCAGCCACGUUUGUCAAUGGUCCAAACCAAAGAGAUGUGAAUUCGCCAUUGAGUGGAAGGCUGGUUUGGAUGGUUAAAGAGAUAAA